ACGGCAAUGUAUGCACGCGUGAAACAAAAAAAAAAACAACGCGCUAACUAUUUCCGGAUGAAAGCGAGCGACCGCCGCUCUGGUGGUUCCGUUAUCUUUUCGACGUCAGUGAAAUCUCGGUGGUACCGCGAGUAGCGUGUUACGUCACAUCGUCAAGCAGAUGGACGCGCUGAAGACGAUCCUGCUCGGUGUUUUGGCGUGUCACGUGGCCUUGAGCCAACGACCUCGCAAGAAUAACGUGUGUCCCAGUUUCCGGGACUAUUUCACAGUCGAGGGUAAUAACAACUGCUGGUACGACUUCGCCGCCGAGUCUACAGUGCCCGAAAUAAUUAAAAAGACCGGAUAUCCCUUCAUGGAGUACAAAAUUCGAACUCCGGACGACUACAUUCUGACGAUAUUUCGCAUUCCCAACUUCAAUGCUAACAAACCACCAAUUUUUUUACUGCACGGGGUUCAGAGCACGUCCGGUAUAUUCGUCGGGCUCGGUAAGCGAUCUAUAGCCUUUCUCCUAGCGAACGCUGGCUAUGACGUCUGGCUGGGAAACUAUAGAGGUACUGAAUACUCGGAAGGUCACGCGUAUCUCAAUGUCACCCAGAAGGAGUAUUGGGAUCACAGCGUCGACGAAAUAGCCAAAUACGACGUACCGGCCAUGUUGGAACUCGUAAACUACCACUCUGGCCAUACCGGCAAAACUAUCUACAUAGGGCAUUCCUUGGCCACCGCCGUCGCAAUGAUGUACUCCUCCGAAUACCCUGAACAGGCUGCUAAUUUGGUAUCUUUGUUCAUAUUCAUCGGACCGGCUUACAAAAUGGUACACAUGCGAUCCCCUUACAGGUUUCUUUUUCCCCUAUUUUACCCGGCACUGGAAGUCACUGGAGCUCUGAAUGUCGUACAGAUAGUUUCCAGAGGUCACUCGAGACGUUUAACAGGACCGACAUGUUUGGCAUCGCCUGUAAUCAUGGCCGCUUGCGUGGCUUUGGUAAACACCUUCAUCGGACCAUUCACCCAAAUAGCACCGGAAACCUUACCAGUUUACUUUAAUCAACUACCGGGUGGUACAUCGCUGAAAACGCUGACCUUCCUCAGAGAAUCGACCAGAGGCAAUUUUAGGAAGUACGAUUAUGGUCCGGGAAAGAACCUCCACGUCUAUGGAUCGAAAAUUCCUCCAGAGUACGACAUUAGGAAGAUUAAGGUGCCGAUUUUCAUCAUCUAUGCUGCUCAGGAUUGGACCACGACGAAGCAAGACGCCAUUAAUCUCUACAGGCAGCUGCCGGAAAGGGCGAAGUAUGGCAUAUACGGGGUAGAAAGGUUAAAUUUCAACCACCUGGACUAUUUUUUUGGGACGGACUCUGACCAGUUGAUUACCAAGCCGGUACUUCAAGUGAUGGAACGGUUUUUGAGAACGAAAUCAAAAUGCAUACGUAAUUUCUUCGGCAACAUGUUCUACGCAGUGGUGGUGCUAGUGGUGUCGGCGUGCGGCGUGUUGGGGGUUGAAAACAACGUUUGCCCUACGUACGACGACUACUAUACAAUGAGGAACAACUCGAAUUGUUUCUACGACCCCAGCGCUUCCCACGUUGCGCCAGACAUUAUCAGCAUACUGGGUUACCCUGCCCAGACAUAUCGGAUCGUGACAAGGGACGGGUAUAUCCUGACCGUGUUUCGUAUCCCCAACCACGGUCACCCCCACGCCAAGAAAAAUCCGGUCUACUUGCAACACGGCCUAGUGUGUACGUGCAAUAACUUCCUAGCCCUGCAGAGGGACUCCCUGGCAUUGAUGUUGGCCGAUGAAGGUUAUGACGUCUGGUUAGGUAACUACAGGGGUACCGCCUACUCCGAAGAACACGUCAACUAUACCGUCAGAGACGAGGCAUUUUGGGACGUAAGUAUGGACCAAGUGGCUCUGAUCGACUUGCCCGCCAUAUUCCACACCAUCUUGACCCAUACGGAGGGCCACCACAAGAUCAUCUAUAUAGGGCACUCGCUUGGUACCACCUUCGCCCUCAUGUAUGGCGCCGAAUUUCCUGACGAGGCCAAAGAUAUCAUGAAGAUGUUCGUCCUGCUUUGUCCGGCUUACACGCUGACCAACAUGAUUUCCCCCUACAAGUACCUCGCCCCUUACGGGAACUGGAUACUGGACACUGUACGCGAUUUGGGAUUAGAAAGAUUAGUAUCCGAAGGACGAGAACUGGCCAGGCUGACGAUACCUCUCUGCAUGGAAUCGCCUAACCUCAUGCAAUUAUGCAUGCAGCUCUACAACCUCUUCUACGGUCCCAAAGCAGACUUCGGGCCGGAAAUCAUACCCGUGUAUUUCAACCAGUUACCUGGGGGAACGUCCAUCAAAAUUCUCAACCACGCCGCUGACUUGGUGUUGGGCAACUUUAGGAAAUAUAAUUACGGCAAGGACAACCCGAGGUACUACGGCACCAAGGAAGCACCGAUCUUUGACAUAGGACGUAUCGAAGUACCAACGUACGUCGUCUAUAGUUCAGGAGACUGGGCUACGCCGGAAGCGGAUGCGAUCAAUCUGUGGAGACAUCUGCCGGAUCAGGCGCGUUUGGGUAUCAGGAAGAUAGACAACAAGAACUUCAACCAUAUCGACAUGAUCAUUGGCAGACAUGCGAGGGAGAUAGCCUACGAAGACCUAAUAAGAGUUGUAAACAACUUCGCACAACGCGACGACUAAUUUUACAUGAGAAGUUAUCGGUGUUAUUUAUUUUAAAGUGUUGCGAAAAAAAGAUUAAAAAAAAAGAUUUUUUAUUUGAGAAAAUAAUUUGGACGCUUUUGCAGAUUCGCCCAUUUAACUGUACAACAUAUGGGAAAAUAAUAUUAAAGUCGAAACGAUAUAUAGGUCAUAAAAUAUAAAAACUGC